GCGGCAGCGAGGCGGCCGGAGCGGCCCGGAGCUGCUCGCCCAGUGUCCUUAGCGGCAGGACCGGACCCGACCCGACCCGACCCGACCCGACCCGACCCACACCGGACCGGACCGGACCCAAACCGGACCCGACCUCGGCCCCCUCCACAUCCGGCCCCGCACAUGGUGAUGAGUUUCCGGGUGUCUGAGCUGCAGGUCCUGCUGGGCUUCGCCGGGCGGAACAAGAGCGGGCGGAAGCACGAGCUGCUGAGCGAGGCCCUGCGGCUGGUCCGGCCCGGCUGCGGCCCCGGCGUCCCGAUGAAGAUCAAGGAGCUCUACCGCCGGCGGUUCCCCCGCAAGGUCCCGGCCCCCGCCGACCUCGCCCUGCUCCACCUGGGGCCGCCCCCCGCCGCCCCCGCCCCGCCCCCCGGCCCCCCGGCCGCCCCGCCGCCCCCCCCGCCCCUGCCGAGCCCCAAGCGGGAGCCGGACGGCCGGCGCCCGGCCUCGCCCGCCCGCCCGGUCCACCCCGACGUCAAGAUGAAGCGGCUGCCCUUCUACGACGUCUACGACGAGCUCAUCAAGCCCGCCACGCUCGCUUCCACCAACAGUCAGAGGUUCGAGGAGACGCACUUCACCUUCGCCCUCACCCCGCAGCAGGUCCAGCAGAUCCUCGCGUCCAGGGAUGUCCUGCCUGGGGCUAAGUGUGAUUACACGGUGCAGGUGCAGCUCAGGUUCUGCCUGUGUGAGACCAGCUGCCCCCAAGAAGACUGCUUCCCCCCCAACCUGUUCAUCAAAGUCAACGGGAAGCUGUGCCCCCUGCCCGGCUACCUCCCGCCCACGAAGAACGGGGCCGAACCCAAGCGUCCCAGCCGCCCGGUCAACAUCACCCCCCUGGCGCGGCUCUCGGCCACCGUCCCCAACACCAUCGUGGUCAACUGGUCCUCGGAGUUCGGGCGGAGCUACUCCCUGUCCGUCUACCUGGUGAAGCAGCUGACGUCCGGGACGCUGCUGCAGAAGCUGAGGGCCAAGGGCAUCCGCAACGCUGACCACUCGCGGGCCCUCAUCAAGGAGAAGCUGACGGCCGACCCCGACAGCGAAGUGGCGACCACCAGCCUCCGCGUCUCCCUCAUGUGUCCGCUGGGGAAGAUGCGCCUGGCGGUGCCCUGCCGUGCCCUGAGCUGCGCCCACCUGCAGAGCUUCGACGCGGCCCUCUACCUGCAGAUGAACGAGAAGAAGCCCACCUGGACCUGCCCCGUGUGCGACAAGAAGGCGCCCUACGAGAGCCUGGUCAUCGACGGGCUGUUCCUGGAGAUCCUCGACUCCGUGUCCGACUGCGACGAGAUCCAGUUCAUGGAGGACGGGUCGUGGUGCCCGAUGAAGCCCAAGAAGGAGGCGGCGGAGGUGUGCCCGCCUCCGGGCUGCGGCGGCCUGGAAGCCGGCCCCGCGUUCGGAGCGGAGGGGCCGGCGCCCGAGAAGAAGCCGAAGGUGGAGGUCAUCGACCUGACCCUGGACAGCUCGUCCGAGGAGGAGGAGGAGCGGGACGAGGGGCCCCCGCUGGCCAAGAAGCCCCGGCCCGUCGUCGCCGCGGCCACCCCGGGGGCCAAAGGGACGCUGAGCGCUGACCACCGGCCGUCGUCCGGGCUGCGGACCCCGCCGCUGGCCGGCGACUUCCUGACGGGCCUCCCGUUGCCCGACUACCCCCCGGCCUUCUCCCUGCCCGGCGACAUUCAGGGUCUGGAUUUGUUUUCCUUCCUGCAGAGCGAGAAUCAGCGCUACGGCCCGUCGGUCAUCACGUCGCUGGACGAGCAGGACGCCCUGAGCCGCUUCUUCCAGUACCGGGGGGCCCCCCAGCCGCCCUUCCUGGGUCCCCUGGCGCCCGUGCUGGCGGCCGCCUCCCACCGGGCCGCCUCCCCGCCCGCCGCCGCCCCCCGGCCCGGCGGGGGCGUCCCGGCCGGUCCCCCGGCGCCGGGCCCCGCGCUGACCGCCUGCCGCUCCGACGUCAUCUCCCUGGACUGAGGCCGGACCGGCCGGGGGGACGCCGGGGACCGCCGCGGCCUGCCCGAGGACAGCGGUGAGCCGGGACCCGUGGGGACCCCGCCCCGUCCCGGACACGCGCGCGCGGCCCGUCGGAGCCGGGACGGGGGGGCGGACGGGGAGGGGGGCACGGCCCCCUCGGAGAACCCCCGGGCGCCGGCCGGGCCACGACCUGUACAGAGAUCUCUAUUUUCAGUUGUAGCUUUUGUACAUAAAAAUGAAAAAAAACUCCAAAGACUCCUCCCCUCUCCUCUCCCCAUCGCCCCCAGCCCGGUGUGCCCACCCCCCGACUCUCUAUUUAUGUAUUUAAGUUGGCCGCCCCCAGGUCCCCCCCACCCCCUCAGGCUGACCGUAGCCCCAACCAGCACCUUUACUGGGGGGAGAGGGAUUGUCACUGACAUUGUGCUGAGCUCUCUCCCCCUUCCCCACCCUGCCAGAGGCAGGGGGGCCGGGGGUAGAGGGGGGCCGGGGCCCCGGUGACUCUAAUUUCCUCGCUUUUGUCCCACCACUGUAGCGAACCUUUUCGGUUAUUAAUAAAAGUGGAAAACGCUC